ACUUUCAACAGUAAAUUUUUAAAAAUGUAACCAAUUUUUGAAUAUUUUGUAUUCUGCUAAUUUAUGGAAUUCCUUUGUCACUUCUAAUAUCUUUUUCAUGGACUCUUUAGGGUUCGCUCUAUAGUUAUUAUGUCAUCUGCAAAUAAUGGAAGUUUUACUUCUUUCUUUCCUACCUCGAUGCCUUUUAUUUGAAAGUUUAACUUUUUAAGAAAUUGUUUCCCAAAGUGGCGGUGCCUUUUAACAUUCCCACCAGCAGUAUUUGAGAGCUGCAGUUCCUCUAUAAUGCCUUUCCUCACACUUGGUAUGAGGCACACAAUACCCUGUCAUUUACUUAUGGGAAAAUGGAUGGUUAAAUAAGUUAUGACUAAAAAAAAAGUUGUGACUUACCCAGUCACUCAGAACCACCUUAUCAGCAUGCUCAAAGCACUGACCCAGGUUUCACUCUUUGUGCCCCUAAACCUCAUUUCCCAACCACAGAUGAGGAAACUGAGAUCAUAUGAGGUCACCUCUGGAAGAGACUCUUGAGCCUAGAAGAACUGAGUCUGUUUUGUGUGACCCGUCCCAAGCCAGAAGGACCAGGGACCUCCCCUAGGGUUCUGUCCCCUUCCCUUGUCUUCUUCUCACCCUGUCCCGGUCCUGGGCAUAAUCCUACCCCAAACUCAGGGGGUCCAGGAAGGCUGGAAAUCUUCCCUGUGACAUCACAUAGCCAGUUGCCAAGGGAGACCUGCAGACCCAGCCCCUAGGCAGGGGAGAGCAGAACCCUGCUGCACAGGAGGCUGGGCCACUCCUCCCCCACCAAACUGGCCCUCAAUGGAAGCCUUGGUCUGUGCGUUCUCUGAGCUGCACAUAAGAGAAGAUUCCGUGAGCUGGGCCCAAGGACUCCCCAGUCACCCCGACACACCAUCCAACAUCUACGAAGGAGGGCUGGGGGCCCAGCAGCAGUGCCCCAGUGCCCAGGGAAGCAAGCCCAAGAACUUCCGACUGCGCCACCUCCGGGGCCUGGCACUCUACCUGCCAGGUCACAUGCAGCCUGCUGGCCAGUGUGAGAGCCACUGGCUGGGUCGUCUCAUGGCCGGGGGCUGCCUCCCAUGGCCUGAGGGUAUGGCCUGGCCCUUGGACCUGCCACAGGGGACUCUGAACCCAGGUAACAGCCACCAUUCAGCCCUUCUGGAAGCUCAACUGCCCAGGGACAGCCUGGGAAAUACAGCAUCCAGUUCCAGCAUGGAUCCAGCCAAGAGUGCUCCCUCCCAGUCUGGUGGCCCUGAAGUCUUGGGGUUCAGGCCCAAGAGGUCCUGGGAGGCCUCAGAGGAGUCCACCUGUCCAUUAUGCAAGAGAACCCGCUCUGGGGUUCUGGAGAGGCCAUAGGAAUCCAAGUGCCAGGGCUGGUUCUCACAACUCAGGAAAGUAAGGGAAAGGUGACCCAGGACGUGGCGGAGGCAGGUCCAGACAGAAAGGGCUCAGCCCCACCAGUAGCCCCUCCAGACGGAGACACCUGCAGCUGCCCAGCAUCAGAGCCUGGGCAGCCUUGGGAAAACUUGAGGAGAGGGAGGAGGUCCUGAGGGAAGGACAAAAAAAUAGAAGGCUGGGCAUGCCCUUGCAGCUUGCUCCAACUCAAGUAAACCACUUGUACCUGGGAGGCCAGGCUGAGCAGAGAGUGGGGCUCCCAAGAGGCUGGGGAGCCCGCAGGUCUAAUCUCAAUAAAAGCCAAGGCCCACAUGCACAUCAGUCCCUUGGUCUGUCAUCAGGCCAUUUCAGUUAGAGAAACAGCUCCUUGGCACGUGUGUUCCUGAGAGCAAGUUUCUGUGUCCUUGGCCCUGUUGCUAUUUGGGACCAGAUCAUUCUUGUGAUGGGGGCCAUCAGGUG